UYGAAAAGCAGCACGGCAAUGUUCUGAACCUGACCAAAGUUAGCCGGGCCGACAUGGGAUCUUAUUUGUGCAUCGCAUCUAAUGGAAUUCCUCCGUCGGUCAGCAAAAGAAUUGUUCUCGACAUUGAAUUUUCUCCAACGUUGCUAGUACCAAAUCAAUUAGUCGGUGCCCCGUUGGGAACUGACGUCACSAUCGACUGUMUGAUUGAAGCAUAUCCUCGACCAAUAAGCUUUUGGUCAUACCAAGAAUCCAUAAAUAUGAUAUUUCCUGGGUUAAAGUAUCAUAUAGUAAUCAAUGAAGAUGGGUACAAAGCACACAUGAAGCUAACUAUACGAUCUCUAAGUCCAGCAGAUUAUGGAAAUUAUAAAUGUGUUACAAAAAACUCGUUGGGUGAAGCCGAAGGAUCCAUGCGAAUUUAUGUUACUAGAUCUUACUUAGUUGCUUUAUAG